AUGAAUCGAUUUGUGGAUUGUACCAAGGGAAAGAUCUUAUCUUUGUUCCCUUUACUGAGCUCUGCAGUUGAUGUUGAGCGGCACGCCAGAGAUUUCAUGGAAGCUGCGAAGAAGCUUCAGCUCUAUUUCAUGGGAUUGAAACGGGAAGAUCACGCGCCCACCAGAGCAGAAAGCCUUAAGAAGGAGAUUGCGGUAAUGGAGGAAGAGCUUAAGACAAAAGAGGAGCUUAUAAAGAAGCACACAAAGCUUAUCCAAGAAUCGCAGAAGCUAGUGAAACAACAGAUCGAGAAACACCGAGUGGAGCUGGAGAAAGUAUAA